UUCCGCUAACUCCCGACUAGUAGCAGUUUGGCACUGGCCGGCGGCGCCGACCCGAUUUCGUCCCUCCGCGCCACUUUGCUUCGAAAAUACAGAUAUCGGUAUUUGAAGAUAGGGCAGGAUGUCCUACCCGAGCUCAGCGCCCCACAUGAAUUCAGGUAGUACCGGAGAGGGAGCGACAGGGGCAGGCGAGAGCAGAGAAACACAGAGACGACGGAAUUAUCGAGGCAUGGGGCUGAUGGCGCUCAAGCGGCUCAUGUCCAUGAAGCGGGAGCAGAUGCGGAAACAUGGCCGUACGCAAUCCCAUGAUGGACUUGUUUCUUCAUUAGCCAGAAGAAACUGCAAACCCUCCGUUGAUCUAAAAACCAGCCAAGCCUCCGAAAAGGAUGACCAUUCUCAUUGUGGCAAAAGACCAAGUUACCUGGGUCCAGACCUUCCAGAGGAAAUCUGUCAUCAUAUACAUUCCCUAGUGCCAAUGCGAGACGAUGCCAGGGCUGCCUGUGUGUCUCGUGCCUUUCAUCACUCCUGGAGAUGCCAUCUGAAUCUCACCUUCACCAAGGAAACAAUGUGCUCAAAGAAAAGUUUAUUCGAGGGAACAGAGGACUCAAAUGAUAGAAGAAAUAGAAGAGAGUACAACAACAAUAUUGACCAUAUUCUGGCGAACCAUAGAGGCGUCGGUGUGAAGACGUUCAUACUUGAAUUCCAUGGUCCUUACAAUACCAAAUCCUACAAUCGUCUCAAUAGCUGGCUUCAGAUUGCCAUUACACCAGUUAUGGAAGAACUUACCCUUAUACUGUUGUCGGAGAAGGCAAAAUACGAGUUCCCUUGCUCACUUUUAUCUGAAAGAAGCGGAAACACUAUACGGCAUCUCCACCUUGAUAAUUGUGUAUUGCGUCCCACAGUUGCCCUUAAUUUGAGAUGCCUGACAGAGCUGUAUCUGUAUCAAGUGCGUAUUACAGGGGAUGAGUUAGCCUGCCUUCUUUCCAAUUCGUUUGCUCUGGAGAAAUUGACACUAAUAUAUUGUUAUGAUAUAAUUCGCCUUGAGAUACCUUGCCUGCUGCAGCGGCUAAGCUACAUGGAGUUGCUUGAUUGCUUGAGACUUAAAGUUAUAGAGAACAAAGCUCCAAAUAUCUCCAGCUUUCAGUUUGCAGGUAAUGAAGUACAACUCUCACUUGGAAAAUCAUUGCAAGUGAAGUCCCUUAAAUUGCACCAUAGAUGUGCCAUCAGUCAUGCUAUUGACAAGCUUCCAUCCAUUGUGCCAAAUCUUGAGAGACUCAACAUAAUUUCUCCUCAUGAGAUGGUCAACGCACCGAUGGUACCUAGCAAAUUUCUCCACCUCAAGACCUUGAGUAUUACUAUUCAUUGGUGGUGGAGCCUCAACAGGGAAUAUGAUUUUUUAUCUUUGGUUUCUUUCCUGGAUGCUUCUCCUUCCUUGGAAACUUUUGUCUUGUCUGUAAGUCAUUGUUCAUCCUGCAAGGUUUAUUUAAUAACUGUGGUGGAAUCAUUAACCCCAAAAAACUCGGCCAUUUAUCUCCAGGUAUCAGUGGAGAAGAAGUAUGACUUGUUUGUUGGAGAUCCCUCAACUCUGAGGCAAAUGCCAGAACACCGCCAUGACAAGCUCAAGAGUGUUCGGAUAACUGGUUUCUGCCCCCAAAAGAGCUUGGUUGAGCUAACACGCCAUAUUCUUGAGAGUUCGAUGUCAAUCAAGUACCUUAUAUUAGACACUAUAAGGGUGAAUUCUCGGUGCUCUGGCAACAUAUCUAGGAAAUGCUCUAGCCUGGACAAGGAGUAUAUCAAGGAGGCAUGCAGAUCCAUCAUGGCUAUAAAGACAUACGUUAAAGGGAUAGUUCCAUGUACAACUUGGUUAAAUAUUCUGGGGCCUUGCAGCCGGUGUCAUGCUUUGUGAAAUUUGGAGGUCAAAUUAUUGUAUGUUACCCAACGCUUCGUUUGUGUAGUCCUAGCUUUGCUUUGUUUUUGCUACCUACAUAAGUUACCAGAGCUGUCUAACUUCUGGGAUAUGUGUCAGUACUUUUUUCAGGAACUUACUAGUACUGUGCAAUGUGGGGUAGAUAAUAUCACCGGAUGCACUUGUCAUUUGA